UUAGUGAUCUCGAUUGCUCUUGUCAAUCAUAUAAUUUGCAAAGUGUUUCGCUUUGGAAUUGAAAAUUUUCCUCUUUCGGAACGGUUCCUCUAUGGUGUCAAAUUGCGAUUUCACAUGAUCAAUUGUCCAUAAAACUUUUAAAAAGUUUCCUCCUUUUAGUCCAAUUCAUUGCUACUCUAGUCCCCUUUUGAUGUUGUGCAAGUCUAUAUGGUUCUUACUCGCUCUUAUUGGAGCAUUAGUGGUUCUGACGAAACAAGAUGGCGAACGUCUCUGUUGCUGCGGAAUGGCAGCUUCUCUACAACCGAUAUUACAGGAAGCCUGAGAUCUACCAGAUGAGAUGGAAACAUGUAGACUUAAGUCGCAACAAGGUCGCUUGUGCCUCCUUCGGUGGUCCAAUCGCAGUCAUUCGAGACGACUCCAAGAUUGUCCAACUCUACGCCGAAUCUGCUCUAAGAAAGCUUCGCAUUUUCAACUCAGCAGGUGUACUCCUCUCUGAGACUGUCUGGAAGCACCCUGGGGGACGCCUCAUCGGGAUGUCAUGGUCAGAUGAUCAGACACUCAUCUCCAUUGUCCAAGACGGCACCAUCUACCGCUACAACAUCCACGCCGAGCUCAUUCAGCCUAAUGUGACGAUGGGGAAAGAGUGCUUUGAGCAGAAUGUGGUGGAGUGUGUCUUCUGGGGGAACGGUGUCGUCUGCUUGACGGAAGGAGGACAGUUGUUCUGUAUUUCGGAUUUUAAGACGAUGAAGCCUUAUAAGCUUGCUGAUGUCCCGGGGUUAACAGAAGACGAUAUGCUUCAGCCGACUUGCUUAGCUGUGAGGGAGCCUCAGUACACCAUGUCUGGGAACGUUGAGGUGUUGGUAGCGGUUGGCCAUGAGAUUUAUGUUGUGGAUGAGGACGAGGCACAGUCUAUUAGGUUCGAUGAGCCUAGUGGCGAAGACUCUGAGAUGCAGAAUGAUGAUUAUGGGAAUUUGAUUGGACCGGUGCAGAAGAUGAUUGUAUCACCUAAUGGAAAGUUCCUUACACUCUUCACUCAUGAUGGCCGGGUUGUUGUCGUUGGCAUGGAAUCAAAACAAAUUGCGAUUGACUACAGCUGUGAGUCAGCUCUUCCUCCUCAGCAAAUGGCGUGGUGUGGGAUGGAUAGUGUUCUGCUCUAUUGGGAUGAGGAUUUAAUGAUGGUGGGUCCUUUGGGAGAUCCAGUCCACUAUUUCUACGAUGAACCUGUGAUUCUUAUCCCAGAAUGCGAUGGAGUGAGGAUUUUAUCUAACACGAGCCUUGAGUUUCUGCAAAGAGUACCUGAUUCUACUGAGUCAAUCUUUAAGAUUGGAAGCACAUCACCUGCAGCGUUGCUAUAUGAUGCUUUGGAUCAUUUUGACAGGCGAAGUGCUAAGGCAGAUGAAAAUUUGAGACUAAUUCGUUCAUCACUGUCUGAGGCUGUUGAAUCCUGCAUUGAUGCUGCUGGCCAUGAAUUUGAUGUAACUCGUCAGAGGGCUCUGUUACGAGCGGCAAGUUAUGGACAAGCUUUCAGCAGCAAUUUUCAGCGUGACCGUGUCCAAGAGACUUGUAGAACUUUAAGGGUUCUGAAUGCCGUUCGUGAUCCUGAUAUUGGCAUACCUCUUAGCAUUCAACAGUACAAGUUAUUGACACCAGUGGUUUUGAUUAGUCGCCUAAUCAAUGCUCAUUCCCACCUUCUUGCGCUCCGGAUAUCUGAGUACUUAGGAAUGAAUAAAGAAGUGGUGAUAAUGCAUUGGGCGUGUGCAAAGAUAACUGCUUCAGCAUCAACUCCAGAUGCUCAUCUUCUCGAAAUUUUACUUGAUAAGCUCCAACUAUGCAAAGGAAUAUCUUAUGCUGCAGUGGCCACUCAUGCUGAUAACUGUGGACGUCGAAAGUUAGCUGCAAUGCUAGUUGAACAUGAACCACGCUCCACGAAACAGGUUCCUCUUUUACUAAGCAUUGGGGAGGAAGAUACCGCUUUAGUGAAAGCAACUGAGAGUGGUGACACCGACCUGGUUUAUCUUGUUAUAUUUCAUAUAUGGCAAAAGAGGCCUCCUUUGGAGUUCUUUGCGAUGAUCCAAGGCAGAGUUUUGGCACGUGAUUUGUUCGUAGCUUAUGCACGGUGUCACAAACAGGAGUUUCUAAAGGAUUUCUUUUUAUCUACGGGUCAGAUUCAUGAGGUAGCUUUCCUUUUAUGGAAAGAAUCAUGGGAUAUGGGGAAAAACCCAAUGGCUAGUAAAGGAUCUCCGUUGCACGGUCCACGGAUAAAACUAAUGGAGAAAGCCAGCAACCUUUUCUCUCAGACAAAGGAACACACUUUCGAGUCUAAGGCUGCUGAGGAGCAUGCAAAACUCCUGAGGAUACAACAUGAGCUAGAAGCUAGUACGAAGCAGGCUAUCUUUGUUGAUUCAAGCAUCAAUGAUACAAUACGUACAUGUAUUGUCCUGCGUAACAAUCGCGCUGCAGCAAAAGUGAAGUCAGAAUUCAAGGUUUCUGAUAAGAGAUGGUAUUGGCUUAAAACAUUUGCUCUGGCUACAAUCAAAGACUGGGAAGCGCUUGAGAAGUUUUCAAAGGAAAAGAGACCACCAACAGGAUUCCGUCCAUUUGUGGAGGCAUGUAUCGAUGCAGAUGAGAAAGCGGAAGCUCUAAAAUACAUCCCCAAGCUGUCAGAUCUUGUUGAAAGAGGCGAGGCUUAUGCUCGUAUUGGAAUGGCUAAGGAAGCGGCAGAUGCAGCGGCUCAGGCAAAUGAUGGAGGAGAAUUGCUGGAGAGAUUCAGGAAGACUUUUUCACAGAAUGCUAUUUUUGAUACCCUGAAGAUGCCUUUCCAAGGAGUCUCCUAGAGCUUUAGAGUGAUCCUCAAGUUACAGCGACAUGUCAUUUGCUAUCUACUUUUGGAGAUUUUUUGUUGGUUUUGUAACUAAACUCACAAGAGAGUGUAAAAGAUUGUGAGUGAGUAAAUUAAAUCAUGUGAAAAAGUUGAAUUGAUUUCUCCCUAAG